AUGAAUCAUCCUGUUAUCUCUUUGCCAUCACACGAGAAGGAUCUCCCGACACGCUCCUAACAAGAUCUGAAUAUACACGCUUCUUUCAAUGGAUCGGAUUAGGAUUGAAAGUGGAAACGUAUUGAAAGAGAAAAUGGACGAAGUGAGAAGACCGUCAAGGACUUUAAACCUGGAUUGUAAGAUUCCAGGCAUCGUUAUCUUCACCUGUGGCCUCCUGCUGGGUGCCAUCGGAGUAGGAAUAACACAAUCGUUCGUAGCCGCGCCACGUACCCGUCAUGUCGCUUCUCCGUGUAACAUUUCAGGCACUACUGACGUGUCAUUGGAAGUAACCGUGCCAAUUAUUACCAGCCAAUCAAAUAAUACUUCAACCGUCAUGGAGGCCACAGAGGGUGACCUUGCUACGGUGCCUUCAACAUCGGCGCUAACCUGCGAAGAGGCUUCUAAGCAACAACAAGCUAGAGGUUGCCGUCUCUCGCUGCCCGUCUCAUGGACGGUGCCUGGGGACAGAGGUGCCUGCCAGUGCUAACUAAGGUGCAGCGCACCCCCUACUUCUUGAAGUAUAGAGACGGCGACAACUGGGAAGGAUGUGCAGAAAGAGACCUGGAGGAACACCUGGAGUGCUAUUGUGGAUAACAAUGCCCUAUCCACUCCUAUGCUGAUGAUACCACCCUGCAUUAUUCAACAGCGUUCAACAGACGCCCAACCCAACAACAAUUAAAUGACUCAAGGCGAGAUGCUAUAGGACGCCUAACUUCUGA